AUGCAGGAGUUUCAGUCUGAAGCCUCUGAUGUCAUCAGCCAGGACGAUGAUGACGAAGUGGAGGAGCUACAAAACAGUCUGCGAGAAGCUGUCCAGGACCAGUCCGUGAAACCCAAACUGCAGUGCCUCAUGGUGGAUCCAUCCUUCUCGAUGGUAACAGUCCAGAAGGAGCCAAAGAUGGAGGAGUACAACAAGGAAAAGACAAAGACAGAGGAGGCAAAGAUAGAAGAGUACAACAAGGAAAUAACAAAGACAGAGGAGCCAAAGAUGGAGGAGGCUGAUGUUGGAAAAGAUUUUUACUCUGCUGUUAGUGAAGUUAACCAGGGGACUGUUAUAAAAACUGAGGAGGAGAGGAAAGAACAACAGCUUUCUGCAGUGACACAGGAGACAGCUGAAAGAGAGGCCCCAGAAGAUUUGCCUCAGGAGCCUAAAGCAGUAGAGGAACAGAUGGAGCAUCAACAAGUACAACAUGAGGUGAAAACCGAGCAGAUGGAGCCUGCCGAGCCUCCUGAGCCUGGCACAGGAAAACCACCUGAAACACACCAGUUGGACACUCAGCUAGAGGAAACCCAUGAGAGCAAGGAGAAACAGAGAGGAGAUGAAAGCAGUUUUGAACAGAACGCCACAGACACAUCGGAGGCUGAUAAAAUGCCUGAAGUGCUUGUAAUGAGUACAGAAGAGGCAGCUUUGAUAGUACCUGUGAGCAACGAGGCGCCUGGGGAAAACACUGAGCGGAUUUUAUCUGAAGAAGCAGCUAAUGAUUCACAGAUUUUGGCGGCUGAUGACAAAGUACUCACCGAGGCUGAUGCAAAAGCUUCAUCUAAAGUGGAGGAACCUGAGACUGCAUUGCACAGCUUGUCUGAGGCCCGAACUGAAGUGAGGACAGCAGAAGAGGAACCUCAGUGUGAGGCAAUAAAAGCAGCCCCGGAAGAUGCCCCGUCUGUUGAGGUCGUCCCUGACUGUGAAAUGCAAACAGUGGUAGAGGUGACUGAAAAAGCAGUGAGUGACGUAGAGAUCCAAACCCAAGUUAAGAUCGAUCUUCAGGAGGUAACGUGUGUGGAGGCGACAGCAGAUCCUGAGAGAGGACAAGACUACCAGCCUCUGAGGGAGGAAACUGAGGAGGCCGUGAUGCCGUUGCGCCCUGCAGAAGCUGCAGACGCCGAUCAGGAGUCAGAGGUAAAAACCGAGAUCGAACCUGCCACGCCAGAAAAAGUUCAACCCGAAUCACAAAUCCCCGAAGCGGAGAAGCAGCAGCGAGAGCUGACCGACUGCGAGUCAGAAAAACCUGAGAAGGCCCCAGAGGACCUCUCUAAGCCGCCUCCUGAGGAUGCUGGGGCAGCUUCUAAGGACACAGUGACUGUAGGUGAUGAGCUCAUUCUCCUUGUUCCCAAAGGACAGGCAAUAGAGAUGGACAUAGAGAUUGGAGAGAAAUCUGAAAAGACUCAAAAAGAAGCAACUGCUGUCCCUGAACCUGACAGCACACGAGAACUUCAGGUACCUGAGUCUGAAGUUCUUAUAAAGGAGGUAGAACCAAUCUUAAAUUAUGUGAGCACUGAGCAGCCCCCGUCUGCUCAUGUGGAAGAGGCUGGCGCUGAGGCAGAGGAGAUGGUGCUGGAAUUGGACGACGAAAAAGCCGUCUUAUCUACCCUGAGGAGCUUUACUCCACAGGAGGAUUUAUCGUGUCUGCACAAAGAUGAGGUUCAAUCAGAAGAUGUAGAUGUAGAACAAAAGAAACUCAUGCAUGAAAUUGAAAAUAUACCAGAAGAAAAGGUUUUUGAAGAGGAUGGAGUUCCAUACAUUGAUCAACGCAGUGAAGACGUGGAGCAGAAUAAGAAGCAAGAUGAGGAAGUGUUGGAGGCUCCGGGGGAGCCCAUUCAUGAGCUUGGUUAUGAAGUGAUUUCUGAGCGAGACGCAGAAGAUAUGCCAGAAAUGGAAGCUCAGAAAAAUGCAAAGGAGUCUAAUCAGAAACAGGGUGAGACAAUUGAGAUGGAGAUAGAGAAAGGGAAGGACCAAAAGAUAGAUUUUUUUGCAGAAGAAGAACCCAUUGAAGAAGAUUAUGAAAUCAUUGAUGCGGAGGAGGAGAGGGAAGCCCGACUGGCAGCCGAGCUGCAGGGCAUGGACUGGUUCUGUGUGACCUGUGGAUGUCUGCUGUCAGAAGAGAGCAGGUCUCAGGAACAUCAGAGCCAUGAGGUGAAUUCUGUGGACAAAGCCUAUGAAGGAAUCAAGGAGACACUGGGUGUCUGGAUCUCCGAGCUUCAGGAGAGAUCAGAAAACAUCGAGGACUUGGUGUCUGAGCUGGAGCUGGCCUACAAUUCUGUAGAGGACCAGUUCGCCCAGAGUGAAGCUGCUAUGCGGGCGCAGAACGAGGAGAUGAUGGCUCUGGUGAUGGAGCAGUACAACAAGAUGUCCGUCAGCAUGGAGGAGGAGAAGAAAGCCAAGCUGGAGCAGCUCUACGACAAAAUUGUCUCCUUCCAGGAGAACAUUGAGUCUGCCAAGACCACCCUGGAGACCGCAGCCAGAGAGACUGAAACCGAUGCCAGACCACAUGAAGACAUCCAUGCAAGACUGAAAGCAGCUCUAGAUUCGGUCUUGUUUCUGGAGCUGGGCCCCAAAGGACUCCUGGUGUUCGAGGACUACGCGAAGCCCAACACCUCCGGAUCCAACCUUGAACAGCGCAAAGGAAUAGCCGUUCCCCAGAGGCCCACGCUGCAGCCCCAGGAGCCGGGCUCAGCCACCAGCACCAGCGUCACCGUCUACUGGAGAGUCAACCCCGGAGAUAUCAUAGACUGCUUUCAGGUCUACUGCAUGGGGGAUCCGCAAGGAGCUGUGUCCGAGGAGUACCGUGUGACAGUGAAGGAGAGUUACUGCGUCCUGGAAGAACUGGAGCCUGACAAAAUGUACAAGGUGUGGGUGAUGGCUGUCAACUACACCGGCUGCUCUCUGCCCAGUGAGAGACUUGUCUUCAGAACAGCUCCAUCAGUUCCAGUGAUCGACACAGAGCGCUGCACUGUUCUGUGGGAUGCGGCCAUGCUGAGGUGGAUCCCAACAAAACACACUCCAGGACAAAGUUACACCCUGGAGUACUGCCGCCAAUAUGAGCUAGAAGGAGAAGGUCUGAGAUCGGUCUCAGGAAUCACGGACUGUGAGCAGAGAGUUCUCCUGCAACCCAAUGAGAACUACCUGUUCUACAUCAAAGCCGUGAAUGAGGCCGGUGCCAGCGAACAAAGCGAGGCGGCGCUCAUUUCUACGAAAGGGACGAAGUUCCAUCUGCUGAAGACCUCAGCUCAUCCCGCUCUGGAGCUUUCGGAGGACCAGAACCUCCUGCACUGUUCCCCCGAGGCUUACGAAUCCACCACGAGCUCAGACAAAGUGUGUCCGUCCAUCCUGGGUGAGCUGCUGCCAGCCAGGGGUCUCUACUACUGGGAAACUGUCGUGUCUGGAAGUGCGGCCUACAGGCUCGGAGUAGCUUCCAGCACAGCCAAUAGGAACAGUCCACUUGGGGAAAAUAGCUCUUCGUGGUGUCUGCAGUGUACACCCACAGCAUCAGGCUGCAGGUACCAGUUGCUCCACAGUGACAUGCAGUCCGUCGUGUGUGUGACCGAGACACCGGAGCGAGUGGGCACCCUCUUGAAUUAUCAGACGGGACGUCUGUCUUUCUACAAUGCCCAAAGCGGUCAGUUGUUGGGUGCCUUCGGCGGGGGCCUGAGGCUGCCCGGCCACCCGGCCCUGGUCCUGGAGCAGCCGGGCAGCCUGCAGCUGUGUCUGGUGCCGGAGGUGCCGGAGUUUACCAGGGACAGCUAGCCCCGCCGC